GCACGCGCGGCUCCCGUGUGGCUCUCGUGAGCGAUGUCCCGAGGAGGCCGCGCUGGCGGCUACAAGGUGUGAAGAAACAUGGAAAAAAUACCCUGGUUAUAAAUCCUGGAUAUCAGUCUCAGCUUUUCAACUUCUUGGAGAUGCAGUUUUGGAUAAGACACUGUCAACCUAAAUAACACCUAGAGAGAUAUCUCUGAAAACUAAUGAUGCUCAUUUGGGAAUAACAGAAUGCUUCAUGACAAUACAUGUACAUGUAUUCAAAGAGAUUGAGGCAAGGGGAAUUUUUUAGAGGCAAAAAUAAAGGUGGUGACUCAGAAUUAUUGAAAUAAUUCUUGGCCACAAGGAUUAAUAACCAGGGUAGUAUCAGUCUUAUGUUAGAUUCUGGACAGAUGUCUCUGUAGAAAUACUUCUCAUGUGAAGCUGCAAUGGCCUUUGUAUGUAAUUCUGAUAGAAUCUUUUGUGAUAGCUCUGUAAAGAGGAAAAGGAAUUGGGAUAUAGAACACUCAUCCUUUCUAGAAGACCGGCCACAGCAGUUGAGAAGAACAAGUCUCAAGUCAGUGGGAACAGCUGCCUCCCUCUCUAAAGCAUGGCUCAAGUGUGGAGAAGGAUUUCAGGACUCUGCUGAGACUUUGCCAUUAGUAAGUGAAAAGGCAACUGUCACUGAAAAGCAGCGUGAAUUAUCUCCAAGACCAGAGAAAGAAACUACAUCUAAGCAUAUAAGUGACCUUGGAAAUAUAACAUGGAGUUCCAGCUCAGAUGAAGAUAAGACACUUUCUAAAUCACAGCGAGAUGGGCAUGGCUCUAGAAUACACAGGUUUCAUAACAGAUCUACUCCAUGUCCAGAAGAUGGCGCCUCUGAAGAUGAAUUACAGUUUAUUGACUGGGAGAGUAGCAGUGACAGUGAAGAUGCUGGUGAAUACAGUGAAUGUGAAGGCGGUGAGGGAACCAUGGACAUCUCAGAUUGUGCUUCUUGUGCAAGUAGUGAUGGCAGGCUACAUCAGCUUCAGCCAAUUUCUACAGAAAUUUUGGAGUAUUCAUCUGAGAGUGACAAAGAAGAUGACCCGGAGAAUGUCCUGUUCAUUGAUGCAGAUUCCCCUCACAAAUACUCUGUGGAUUUUGAAUCAGACACAAGACAGAUUAUGCAUAGACUGAUUGACUCAAAGGCAAAAUCAACAGAGCCCAGCUUGAAUUCACCCCAGAAAGAGACAGCCAAGUUUCCCAAGACUCUAGAAAAUUCAGCAACGAAAAAGAAGCUUUUAAGAGGCGGGCUUGCUGAAAGACUAAAUGGACUGCAGAAUCGAGAGAGAUCUGCUGUUUCUUUGUGGAGACAUCAAUGUGCUCCUUACCAGAAGACACUUUUAGGCAGAAAGUCUGGUGUAUUAACUGUGAAAAUUCUAGAGCUACAUGAGGAAUGCACCAUGCAAGUUGCCAUGUGUGAGCAGUUGGAAGGACCACCAACCACCAGGCUUUCCAAAGGAAUCUCUCCUCGGCCCGAAGUCUACUUGAAGGUUCUCUUCACCAGGGAGACUGCAGGCCAUUUAAGGGGGCAUCCCCAGGAUGUCAUCUGCAUCUUCCCUCCUUGGCAAAAACUUAUUAUGCCAAAUGGAAGCUGUCCUGUUAUUCUGAAUACUUACUUUUGUCAGAAAGCUGUCGCCAAAGAGACACCUCAUGAAGCACACUGUCAGGCCUCACCUCUUUCCAGAAGAAACAUCACUUUGGCCCAGAUGUUUAGAAUUAAGACUUUAUCAAAUAAUUCACCUGGCAGUCAGAUUGAAUGCAGUAGCUUGGCUACUGCAGGCACAGGCUGGACCCACAGGCCUGAAGAGGCAGAGCAGCACCUUGCAGUUGGCACUCCCCUGGGGGCCUCUCUUCUGGACAUUGCGGAAAGCCAAACAGCUGGCACAUGGUCUGAAGUUGGGGUCCGAGUGGUAGUGCAGAGGGCUUACUCUCUUCUUGGCAGAGACAGUGCCAAAGGCCAACAAGGACACAGCGCAGAGCAUGCAGACUCAUCUGGAGCACGGCUCUGUCUUCUAGUGCAAGAUACCUAUGGGAUGCUUGGUGAAGUGCACCUGGAAGGCACUGUCUGGAGGAGUAGACAUUUAGAAGGGAAGUCCUGCAGUGUGACAGGGAUGAAGGUUCUGCAGAAGACAACAAGAGGACGAACACCAGGGCUCUUCAGUUUGAUUGACACCAUAUGGCCCCCAGUGAUGCCUCUGACAAUGCCUGGUCAUGGCCAGCCUAGUGAAGAGGCAACAACCUAUCUACCUCCUCCUAUGUUCUGUUACAUCUUCUCAGUUCAUCCAAGUCUGGGACAAGUGGACAUAAUUGAAGGAGACCCCAUUUCUAAACUCUACCAGCCUCCAGUUGUCCGCUGCUUAAGAGAAGUUCUCCAGGGUGAUGAGUGUGGUGUCCGCUGCAGUUUCUGUGCCACAGUGAUUUAUCAAAGACCACAGCUGAAGAAUUUGCUUCCUUUGGAACAAACGGAGAUUUGGCUGCUGGUGACUGAUGUUACCCUGCAGACACAGGACAAGAAUAACCACUGUCUUCCCAGAACCCUGCCGGUCUGUGUGACCCCCUUGUGUGUGCUGAGCCCAGAAGUUCUAGAAGCGCUUGCCAUGGCCAGGCCUGGUGCCCUGCUCUUCAGAGAUGCUCUCCGAGACCACGGUCGGAUUGUUUGUGUUGAACGGACAGUCCUCUUACCUCAGAAGCCUGUCUUGUGUAUGCCUUCUGGUGCCGGUCCCUGUGAGCUAACCGGCCCAGUGAUGCUGGAUGAACUGGACUCCCUCACGCCUGUCAACUCUAUUUGCAGUGUGCAAGGUGCUGUGGUCGGUGUGGAUGAGAAUACCGCUUUCUCAUGGCCUGUGUGUGACCAGUGUGGCAAAGGGAGAUUGGAACAGAGACCAGAAGAUGGAGGCACCUUUUUCUGUGUGGACUGUUUCCGGCCGGUCAUGUCACCUCCUCAGAAGAGGCACCUACAGGUCUUUCUGGACUGCCCUACAAGACCGCAGAGCACCGUGAAGGUCAAGCUGUUGCAGAGUAGUAUUUCUUCACUGCUGAGGUUUGCUGCCUCCGAGGAUGGGAGCUACGAAGUGGAGAGUGUCCUCGGGAAGGAGAUGGGGUCCUUACUCUGCUUCGUCCAGUCCGUCACCACCCACCCAGCCAACUGCAUUGAACUGGAGGAAAUUGAGCUGAGAGGAGGAGCCACGGCCAACCAAUCUCCUUUUUGGGAUCCAUGAACUUUGCAGUGGGGUGGGAGUGGGGGUGGGGGUUGGGGGGAUUAACUCCAGAUAGUAUUUUAUGAUUUUUAAUUGAAGUUUUUUUUCUGGAAAAGUUAAAAUAGUUUUGUAAACUAAAAUACCUUCUUUGCACCUGUAUCACCUCCCUACAAAUUGGGGGAUGUGUUUCUAAAGCUUCCUGACGUCUUCGCCUUUUUAUUUACUUAGGCAAUGACGAUAUCCCUGUAAAGUUUUCUUCAGUUGUCGCUUUAAAAUAUUGAAGCCUUUA